CCAUUCCAGCAAGGUGGAGGUCAACCACGGUUUGCAGUGAAGGGUUACACGGUAAGGACGGUCAACCCCAAGGAGGUCAAGAUGAGAGUGCCUCUGGCCAAGCAAUCAACAUUCCCAAAAGCCUACCUCAUCAUGACAGCCAGGGGAGAUCACAAAGCGAUGAAGCAUAUGCGUCAUGUGACUGCUGGGAUCUUGAUACUUUAUUGAUUACGCAAUGGUUUGGGGCAUGAAAGCAAGUACACUCAGCUGUUCUGCAUUCAUUGAUGGACACUCUGCCCACUUCUUGUCAUUGAACCACAACAAACAGACGCGUCAUCUAGCACAUCAUGGCAAGCGAUCCCCAGCCCCCACUGAACAAAUCAAGCGCCGACGACCACGCCAUCCAAAGCCAAUUCCAUCGCCUCCGCUCGCUCUUCAAAAACUCAGAAUACUCCACACACCCUCAACACUGGGACACACUAUGGAAGGAAUCCUUCACCCCCUGGGACCGUGGCGGGCCCAGCCAAGCCCUCGACGAAGUCCUGUCCCUCCACCGCGAGCUCUUUCCCAGUGCCCCAAGCAGUGCUCAUGAUUGGGACAAGCCAAAACCCAAAGCUUUAGUGGCCGGUUGUGGGAGAGGCCACGACGUGUUACUCCUGUCUGCACAUGGGUAUGACGUCUACGGACUUGACUCAUCCGUGACAAGCAUAGAGGAGGCCAUGAAGAACGAGAAACGGGUGGCGGAAGAGGAUGCAGAGGGCAAGUGGAAGGAGGUGUAUGCACCGAGGAGGGAGCUAGGCGUUACGACAAAGGGCAGGGUGAUGUGGGUGACGGGAGACUUUUUCGAGGACGACUGGGUGAAUGAUUCGGGAUAUGGAAAGGUGAAGACUGGGUUUGAUCUCAUUUUUGACUAUACGUUCUUUUGCGCCCUUCCGCCUGAAGCACGCCCAGAAUGGGCCAAGAGAUUGUCCGAUCUUCUCAACCCCGACGGCGGAAGACUAGUCUGCCUCGAGUGGCCACUUGACAAGGACCCCAUGACUGGCGGCCCGCCUUGGGGUGUUUCGGGCGACCUGUAUCUUGCCCAUCUUGGGCAUCCGGGCCAGUUGUUGCCAUAUGACGACAAGGGACAGGUAGUGGACGGAAGCGGGGAUACAACACCGGUUGCUCUCAAACGGCUGGCACGUACACAGCCCGCAUGCACACACAAGGCUGGGUACGACAACCAAGGAAACGUGGUUGACCGUGUUUCGGUCUGGAGCCACCAGUAAGGGUGGUCAGGGGAAACCUUUUCGGUUACAGUUACUUUGUGUGUGCGAAAGAGCAACCUAGC